AUGAGUUUCCAGCGGUGGGUACCAGCGCACCGCACCUGGAACGCCGCCCUGCUUUUCGGAGUCUACCUCAUGGUGCGCUCGUGGAGCGCGUGCGAGGCCGGGACCGCGGGGCCCCAGGUGUGCCCGGCGGUCUGCUCCUGCAGUAACCAGUUCAGCAAGGUGGUCUGCACCCGCCGGGCCCUGACCCGCGUGCCGCCGGGGAUCCCCUCCAACACCCGGUACCUCAACCUGAUGGAGAACGGCAUCGAGCUCAUCCAGGCCGACACCUUCCGGCACCUGCACCACCUGGAGCGGCUGCAGCUGGGCCGCAACUCCAUCCGGCAGAUCGAGGUGGGCGCCUUCAACGGCCUGACCAGCCUCAACACGCUGGAGCUGUUCGACAACCGGCUGACGGUGGUCCCCAGCGGGGCGUUCGAGUACCUGUCCAAGCUGCGGGAGCUGUGGCUGAGGAACAACCCCAUCGAGAGCAUCCCGUCGUACGCGUUCAACCGGGUGCCCUCGCUCCUGCGCCUGGACCUCGGCGAGCUCAGGAAGCUGGAGUACAUUUCCGACGGGGCCUUUGAGGGAUUGUACAACUUGAAGUACCUGAACCUGGGAAUGUGCAACAUCCGCGAGAUGCCCGCCCUCUCGCCGCUGGUGGGCCUGGAGGAGCUGGAGAUCUCCGAGAACCACUUCCCGGAGAUCAAGCCGGGCGGCUUCCGGGGCCUGCGCUCUCUGCGCAAGCUGUGGAUUAUGAACUCGCAGGUGGGCCAGAUCGAGCGCAACGCCUUCGACGACGCCACGGCCCUGGUGGAGCUCAACCUGGCCCACAACAACCUGAGCUCCCUGCCGCACGACCUGUUCGCCCCGCUGCGCUACCUGGUGGAGCUGCACCUGCACCACAACCCCUGGGCGUGCGACUGCGACGUGGUCUGGCUCUCCUGGUGGCUCCGCGAGUACAUCCCCACCAACUCCACCUGCUGCGGCCGCUGCCACGCCCCGCCGCAGAUGCGGGGCCGCUACCUGGUGGAGGUGGACCAGGCGGCCCUGCAGUGCUCGGCGCCCUUCAUCGCCGACGCGCCGCGCGACCUCAACAUCUCGGCGGAGCGCGUGGCGGAGCUGAAGUGCCGCACGGCGGCCAUGUCGUCCGUGCGCUGGCUCCUGCCCAACGGCACGGUGCUGACGCACGGCUCCAACCACCCGCGCAUCUCCGUGCUCAACGACGGCACGCUCAACUUCUCCAACGUGCUGCCGGGCGACACCGGCGUCUACACCUGCAUGGUGACCAACGUGGCGGGCAACUCCAACGCCUCGGCCUACCUGAACGUCAGCAACGCCGAGCUCAACACCUCCAACCUCAGCUACUUCACCACCGUCACCGUGGAGGUGGAGCAGCCCACCUCCGAGGAGGCGCCCAAGCCCAAGACCGCCACGGCGUCGCCCUCCGUCUUUCAGCCCGUCUUCAUCUCCACGCCCACCGUGCUCCUCCACAACACCAAGACGCCCGGCCACGUCUCCGUGCCCACCACCAAGGGCACGGAGAAGCCGCCCACCAGCCUGGACGAGGUGAUGAAGACCACCAAGAUCAUCAUCGGCUGCUUCGUGGCCGUCACCCUCCUGGCCGCCGUCAUGCUGAUCGCCUUCUACAAGCUCCGCAAGAGGCACCAGCAGAGGAGCACGGUGGCGGCCGCCCGGACUAUAGAGAUCAUAAACGUGGAGGAGGACGUGCCGCCGCCGGCGUCGGCCCUCAGCAUCCCGGGGGAGGGGGGGGUGCCCCUGCCCGCCAUGCAGCACCACAACAGCACCUACAAGACCAACUACAGCACCUACAAACCGCCGCACGGGGCCCACGGGGCCCACUGGACAGAGAACAACAUCGGCAACUCCCUGCACCGCGCCAGGCCCAGCACCAUAACCGCCGUGCCGGAGGCGUACGUUAUGAAAACUCACAACAAGGAGAAGGUGCAGGAGACCCAGAUUUAGCGCUCCCCUCCAACCGCAAACCCCCGCCACCACCCCCGGACACGCGCCCCUUCUCUUUUGUCCCCCCGUGGAAAUGGAUACAUGCAAUAGAAUGCACAACGACGACAAACUUGAGAAAAAACUUAAAUGGAAAAAAAAAGAAAAAAAGACAGCGACUUCUUUUGUACAAGAGUGCAAAAUUGAGACUGUUUUUCUUGUACAUGCUUAUACAUAAAUAUAUAUAUGAACAAUAAAUAAAUCUACUAUGGGCUGGUAAGAGAAGCAGAUUAUAUGACAAAAAAAAAUAAAUUGAAACUAUUUUCUAACUUGUAACUUCUAUUUAAAAAAGGAAAAAAAUAAGAGUUGUUAAAGAGGUUGUCAUGACUUUGAGAAAUGAGGGUAAACCUGUUUAAAAAAGGGCAUUCUGGAAUUUUUAGACGAUGAUAUAUAGGAUGCAGUAAAUACCCAUUUAUACGGAAAAGACUUUCUAAAACAAACAAAAAAAAAGCCCCUAAUCAAACUUUACAGGUUUAUCUUGUAAAAGCACCAAGAAUUUGUACUGUGCCAAAUGUUAUAAAUGCAAUAAAGGAUUUUUGGAAGAAAAA